AGAAGCGGUCAUUCCCUUUCCUAUUCCCCAGCCUGGAGUGUUGGACCACGUUGGCUUCUUCGGCCCUCUCGGGCUGUAGAUGGAGGAGUGCGGGGGAACUGGGUUCAAAUGGUGCUUCUGCCACUAAUGGCCCUCUUUGGGUCAGGUCGCUCGCCCGUCCCGAACCUGUGAAACUAGGGGUUGGAUGGAGUGGUCCCUGGGCUCCCUCCGGGUCUCAUCUGGCUCCGGUCUGUCCGGUGAUCCCGGCGGGAGAAACGCCUCGGAUCCCCCACCCCGACGCCUCGAUGGAGGGCGCCGGUCACUGCGGAUGGGAGCAGGGAGAGGCCCCGCUCCCGGGGCAGCAUGGGAGGGGGGCCGGAAGGGACAGUGGCCAGUCUCCAUGCAGCUCGAGCCUGCGCGGGGAGGCUGGGGGGAAUCAGACGCUGCUCCCCAAGAUGGGAUAAAGCCCGGAGCUUCCGCCUAUCCCACAAAUGGGGAAACUAAGGGCCCUGGAGCCCGGACAUCCACGGGGGGAGCCGCUUCGGUGGCCGCCCAGCCUUCCUCCUCUGAUGAAACCUCAGUUUCCCCGAGAGUCCUGGAGAGAGCGGCCCUUCGGCCGGGCUCCCCCGGCUCCCCCCAGCUCCCGAGAGCAGUCUGGGGGCAUCCUCCGGCCGGCCCCCGGAGGCGUGGAGGCGGGGGCUGGGCCCUCGGGGAGGGUCGGGGCGGCCGGGAGUCCCUCCCCUCGGUGGGGAGGGGGCGGAGGCCCAUGUGACCGGCUCAGACCGGUUCUGGAGACAAAAGGGGCUGGGGCGGGCGGGAGGAGCCCGAGUCUCGGGGACUGUGGGACGGGCAGGGGUUCGGGCAGCGGCGGGAUCGGAGCUCAGAGCAGGCAGAGAGCGAGCGAGCGCGCGAGGAGCCGGGCCCGGGGCCGAGAUGCAGCUCCGAAACUUCCUUGUGCUCACCCUCAUGGCCCUCCUGGCCCUCCCCUCCGAGGCCGCCAAGAACAAGAAAGACAAGGGGAAGAAGGGCAGCUCCGAGUGCGAGGACUGGAACUGGGGGCCCUGCACCCCCAGCAGCAAGGACUGCGGCAUCGGCUUCCGCGAGGGCAGCUGCGGGGGCGAGAGCCGGCGCCUCAAGUGUAAGGUCCCCUGCAACUGGAAGAAGGAGUUCGGAGCCGACUGCAAGUACAAGUUUGAGAGCUGGGGCGCCUGCGACGGCAGCACGGGCACCAAGACGCGCCAGGGCACCCUCAAGAAGGCCCUCUACAACGCCCAGUGCCAGGAGGCCAUCCGAGUGACCAAGCCCUGCACCCUCAAGGCCAAGGCCAAGAUCAGAGCCAAGAAAGGGAAGGGGAAGGACUAGAUCUCCGCCCGGACACCGUGCUGCCUGCCUGCCUGCCUGCCUGUGGAGGGGCGCCUUGGGGGGCCCCUGCCUCGGCACCCCUCUCCCUCCCCGGCUCCCCUACCCCCGUCCUCCACACCAGGUGCCUUGCUCUGACCGUUAGCUUUAUCAAUCAGGUCUCCCCCUCCCGCAGGGAUGGGAGCCCCGAUCUCUGCCUGGCCCCCGCCUCAUCCAAGCCAUCACCUUUAUUAAAAGAGAAAAAU